AAAAACAAACUCCCAUGACUAAAACGCAAGGAACAGGAAAGCAAGAACUGGAAGAAACAGCCAAUCUACAGGGCAAGCCAGCACACCGUUUUUCCCAUACGGUUGGCCCGGAAUUAGGCGCGCCUCGAUUGCUUCCUGGCCGCCAGAUUAAUCAUUCCCUCCCCACCUGAGGUUGGUCGCCUUCGAUGCUCCAAAUUUCUGAAGUUUCUUCUCGCCAGAUUUUGAUUUCUAUUUCAGGAGUUCAGAGAUUGGUUGGAAGAACAGCCAUAUUUGGGCGUCCGUCAGAAGUAACUCGUUUUAGUUUUUCGAGUUCCUGGGUCGACAAGGCGAGUUGGUUGGGUUGGUUUGCUUCAGGUUACAAGUGGUUUGACUUUUCCAAGGACAAAAGGUUCCAACAUGUAGGGAUUGCUCUGUUUCUGGGAUCUGGAUAUCUGAAGAGUUACUCCUAGUUCAGCCUCUUAGCCUGAAACCAGAGCAAGAGGCGCUUCCACUGAAUUGGUUUUAGUUGUCCUGUUUAGGCUCAGGUUAAUAGUGGGAUAUGAUGAAGCUAAAAAGUAGAAGACUGCCAUUUUAUGAGGAUGAUCAUCCACAUUUGGUUGCUCAAGUAAAGUCUACAUCCAAGAACAUGAAGGAAGGUGUUAAGCAUCAUCAACCAGUUCAACUCAGAAGAAGUAGAUGGGUUCUUGGUGAUGUAACCGAGGUGUUGGAUCAUAAUUCGUGGAGGCUUGGGAAGAUUACAGAGGUGCUGAAGAAUGACUAUUUUGUCAUCAGGCUAGUGGAUUUCAUCCAACCGAGGGAAUUCCACAUAUCUUGCUUGAGGAUUCCACAUGCUUAUCAUAGCAAGCAGCUGACUGUAGCAGACAGGGUCUCUGAGCUGAGUAAACCAGUCCGACUUGUUAAUCACUCCUCUCAUCACUCAAAAUUUGUGAUGGAACAGGAUCAUCGAGCUUAUGAAGAUGAUGAUCACAAUACUAAGAGGAAAGCGGCCAAUUUUUGUGCUUCCACCAGUGCUAGAACUGUGAAGAGAAAACUAGAAGCGAGUACGAUGCCACCUAGCGAUUUAGUUAGAAGAACAGGCAAGAAACAGAAAGUAGCUGCAUAUGAAGUUCGGCAGGUAACCAAGAAUGUGUUGCCUCUGAAGAUGUCUGCUAGGAAUGACAUUGGUGGCGAUCGCUUUUGUAGGCCUUUAAGUGGCAAAUGCAAUGACCUUGCCAAGAGCAACAAUACCAAGAGAAAACCAGAUUGCAAAGUUCUUCCUUCCUCUGAAAUACCUUUGCACAUAAGAGAAGAGAACGAGUGCUCAGUGGCUAGCUGCAGCGUAAAUUACAUGGAAUACUGUACCAAUGAUGACGAACAGUCAGUCAGAAUCUGCGGUUGCUUCCCUGAUGAUGCCAUGUCUGCAUGUCCAUCUAUGUCUGCCCAGGAGAAUAAUGAUGACAAUGGAUCUGGUUUACAUAUGAAUAUACAUGAGCUGGAGCUGCAAGCAUACCAAUCAACAGUCAGAGCUUUCCACGCCGCGGGACCAUUGACAUGGGAGCAGGAGUCACUACUGACAAACCUGCGCCUCUCGCUGAACAUCUCAAAUGAGGAGCACUUGCUUCAGUUGAGGCAUCUCUUGUCUCUUUGAAAAUUUGAAAACUAAUACACUUUUGGUGUAUCUCUGGAUUACCCCCAACUUGUAGAUAUCUCCACAGCUUCGUAGAGCUGGCAUCUACUUUUAUGGUAGUGUAUAUAUAAAGGAGUAAAGAGAAACUUACCUAUAGUUCUUGUACUUCAUCAAACUUUGUUGUCAGGAGUAAAUGAAAUUAGUGCUUUCAGGGAAAUGCAGAGCUAUCAUGUUGAUAGUCAUGGUUGAAAUACUAGUUUCUUUUUUCUUUUGAGGGAGUUGAAAUAUUAGUUGCAGUUACUGAUUUCACCCAUUC